AUGGGUGGUACUAUAUCCUGUCCAAAUCUGGUAGAUCAUGCUUCGGCAGUCGCUUUAUGUACAACCCUUGGGCGAAAUAGCUCGUGUUUAGAGCUCGAAUUUACUCAUCGGAAAGUCUGUGGUUCGAACCUGACCUCUGCCUCUCGAUUUCCCCUGUCUAGGCUUGGGCAACCUGGCAGUAUCCCAGCCCUCGUGCUUCCUUCGGGUGGCAUGGCAGCUAGGUAUCGGAAGGGCACUACAGCUGAACGAUUAAAAGAAACUGCUCAUAAGGUUAUUGAAAAUUCUUCGACAGCCCACGACCGGUUUCACCCUACUUGGGGCUCAUCAGUUAUGGACAGUCCCUGA